AAACGACUUGCGCCACGUUCAAGUCACCAGCAGCUGACUUUUGCUUCUCUACAUAAUUCCAGGGAUCGAUAUCGUUCGUGCUUCUUUCACAUCUUGCAAGCCGUGACGACCGCCUGCCAAUGCGCUUCUAGGGGAGACCUCGAUUGCUUACUCUCUCUGCAUCUCGUGCGUCGUAGUUUGCGGCCUUUCGCACAUCUUCCUUUUCUCUUUGUUUCGCCAAAUCGCCACAAUGAAAUUCGCGUCUUUUUUGGUGUUCUUCUUGGCCGGCGUGUUGGGUGUGCUAGCGCUCAGCGUGCCCAAGGACAUUGAACGACGAGACUCUUCGCUAACGCGUGACAUCUCGCUGAGCGAGCUUUUUAAACGCAAGGGAGGUGGUGGCGGAGGCAAAGGAGGAAGUUCCGGCUCCUCGAGUGGCAGCUCAAGCGGUAGCAGCGGUUCUUCGGGCGGUAGCCGCACGGGCUCCACUUCGAACGCUGGAGGCUCCACCUCCGCUGGCAGCGGUGCCCCGCGCUCGUAUGGUGGUGGCCGAUACUACGGCGGCGGCGCAACGACCCCUUUCACAGCCGGAUCGAAGACGCCCAAGGGAAUAGCGCCAGUCGCAUUGUUGGGGGUUGGAGCCCUAGCUUUCUUUCCCGGUCUCUGGCUUUACGGAGCCUACCUCUACCCAUACACACACCCUUACUACUGGUACAACAGCACCUCGCAUCGCAAUGAGUCGAAGCCUGUCAAUUGUCUAUGCCAACAGUACAGCGUGUGUGGUUGUGACGACAAUGAUGACCAGUCGUACCUGAACAGCACUCUCGGCAACUUCACAAACCUCAACAGCAGUCUUGUUCGCGUGGCAGACGUUAAUGGCACUUCUCAAGUCUUCAUAAAUGGCACCCUUCCGAACGGAACAACAGCAGCUGGAGGCAGCGAUUCGGCUGCUGGCCUCUCGGGCAAGGCACUCGAGAACUUGGGUUGGUGCGUGCUUGGGAGUGCCAUUGCGACAGCAAUGUGGAUGCUAUGAGAGUGCGUGUUUAAUCUGACACGAUUCUGGAUAUUGCUUUCAUGUUUAAUAAGAGUAUACCCCAACACACGGAGUGCAAGAGGGGCUUUUCAGAACGACGACUUUUCUGCGGGGAAUUAUCAUGUACUAAGAGUCGACCAGUCUUGUGUGUCGCAUGUAAUGAAUUAUUAUGUCACAUCGGAGUCCAC